CACACACAGAUAGUGCGAGAAACAUCAGAUAAGUUUCUCCAGAAUAGGAAAUUGAAAAGUGCGAUAAAAUUCGAUAGUCCAAUAUCGCACCACCAACCUGAUGAAAUUCACAUGUGGGACAUAGUUCAAAACUGUGAUAAACGAUGUGUAGACGGAUUGAAUUUUAAAAGUUAUACUAGAAGGAAUUUCGAAGUUGGAGAACCUAUCGAUGUGGUGAAAUCGGGAAAGCCUACUCAGGAACAAAUUGAUGAUCUCCAUCACGAAUUCAUGACGAAGUUGACGCAACUUUUCGAAACUGAAAAGAAAAACUACGAAAAAAUCCAUUUGAAAAUAGUUUGAAGAAAAACACCUUAUUCAUCGAAAUACUCAUCACAUUGAAGCUAGCAGUUUUUCAUUUGUUGUGAUUUCAUUAUUGUAUAUAUCGUUAACUACCUAAUAAAAUAAUUUCGGCGCUCUUUACUCAAUUUGGUCUAGGUAACUCUAGUCUAGAGGAGAGUCUAGAGAGAUUCAUUGGCAUACACGAUGGCAUCUUCCAAAGAUAGCAUUUUUGAGAGAGUCCUGCAGACUUUGGCAGUUGCGGCCCUGGUGACUAUACAAGUACUCUUUUUCUUGUUCAUACCUGCGUUAAGCUGCUAUAUGAUAUUUUCGACCAAAUACUGGUGGAUUUGCGUGCUGUAUUUCACUUGGUAUUUGAUAUUUGAUAAGGACGCAUCCGUAACAGGACGUCGAAGAUCCGAAUGGGUUAGAUCUUGGACCUGGUGGGCCUAUGCCAGAGACUAUUAUCCCCUGAAGGUUGUGAAGCUGCCUUGUGGUGAAUUAGAUCCUAAACGCAACUAUUUGUUCUGUGUUUACCCUCAUGGCCUACUGUCUGCUAGUACGUAUUUAUCAGUUGCUACGAAUGUAACAGAAUUCACGAAACUUUUCCCACAACACAAGUCUUAUAUGCACACCAUUUCCGCCUUUUACAAGGUACCUGUAGUGAGGGAUUUAGCACUUUGGGCGGGAGGAGUGGAAGCAUCUAAAAAAGCUCUGGAGUAUAAUCUGAGCAAGAAAGAUGGAGGUAACAUAUCAACACUUGUUGUCGGAGGCGCUCAAGAGGCCUACUAUUCCAAUCCUGGUAUCCACAAAAUUGUUUUGAAGAAAAGGAAGGGAUUCAUCAAGAUAGCCUUAACCCAAGGCUCACCUCUCGUUCCUGUAUAUAGUUUUGGUGAAAACGAAAUAUUCUCUCAAUUGGAAUUCGACGAAAACUCGAUCUUUCAGAAGUUCCGGGAGUUAGUGAGGAAGAAAUUAGGGUUUUGUAUUAUUUAUCCACUUGGACGAAUGGAUCUACUUGGCCUGGUUCCGAAGAGGAAACCAAUCACGUUUGUUGUGGGCGAGCCAAUAGAUGUUGAGAAGACUGAGAAUCCAACGCAAGAACAGAUCGACAACUUGCAUCAACUUUUCGAGAAGAAACUAGUUGAACUCUUCGAGAGUCAGAAGAAGCACUAUUUGAAAGAUUAUGAGAAUGCUCAUUUGGAAAUAAUAUAGAUUCAAUGUUUACUAUUCUUAUGAAUGUCGUUGUUAUCAUAUUCAGGCUAUUUUUAUCAAGAUACUCAUGUUUGCUUAUGUUGAAAUAAUAAAAUCCUUUUUAUUCUUA